AUGGGUCGAAUAGGACGUAGGGAGAUCAGACCGCCGAUACUCAAUCGGAUACCUAGUCUACUAGGAAUGGUGAUAGUGGCGAUUGCUUUGUUAUCAUGUAUAGAAGCUCGUUCACCUCAUCCACCACCCUUACGUCGACUCGUUCACCCUCAAUCAUCUUCCCUUGAAAUCCUACCUCGUCGGCCAUCUUCAGAUUCCAACCUUAAUCCAAGGUAUAUAACGCACCUACCUCCCCACCCUUCAUCACUAAAACACUCCGAUACUGUCAUUCUCAAAAUCGCUUUGGACGCUUUGGACAUAUCGCCAUUCGAGCAAAUAAGCUUAUUGCUCAGACCGACCGAAAAUCUCUUCCAUCCAGAUGCCAAAAUCUCCUAUGGGGAUAACGCAAAGACCGAACAAUUGAAACAAGAAGAUUGGAGGUUGUUUACUGGAGAGGUUAUACAUCCAAAAUGGAUAGAAAGGAUAAAAUCAUUAGAAUCAUCUGGACAUGCUCUAGAUCUGUAUAGAGGUCAUGAUUCGGUAAUUGGUCAAGCGAGCAUAAUGAUUCAUGAAGCUCAUGAAGAUAGUACAGUCUUCGAAGGGACUUUUACAAUUUAUGGUGUAAGGUAUAACGUGAUGACUAAAGAGAAUUAUCAACGUAUAAAGACCAACGAAGAUGUGGAUGUGGAGUCACUUGGCUCAAGAAUGGUUGUAUUUAGAGAUAUCGACAUGUCUCAUCAACACAAUCUCAACUCUACUAAUAACGAAUUCGGCUCAAGUUGUUCACAUGACAAUCUACCAUUCAACAAUGAACUAAACAACCCCAUAUUCCAAACGCCAUCUUCUUCCGACGAAUCGUUCAUCUCACCAUAUUUCGGAUUUGGAGGAUUAUUCGGUAAAAGAGACGAUUAUGGAGGAAUGACCGUUUCAUCAAAUUUUAUCGACAGUAUAGGAAACAACAACGGUUGUCCAAAACAACAGCAGAUCGUUUACAUGGGAGUAGCCUUAGAUUGCAACUACGUAGCAGCUUACAGCUCCCCCGAUCUGGCUAGGACUCAAGUUCUAAACGAUUGGAAUCAAAUUUCGGCAUUGUACAAAUCAACUUUCAAUAUAUCUUUGGGGAUCAUAGAAUUACAAGUCAUGAACAUGACUUGUCCUUCUACUCCUCCUACAGGAGAGGAAUGGAAUGUCCCCUGUGGGAAGAACCUGACGCUGGAUGAGAGGCUGAGCUUGUUCAGUCAAUGGAGAGGUGAUAAGGGGGAUGACGGAGCGGGAUUGUGGCAUUUGAUGAGUGCUUGUCCUACUGACUCGGAAGUAGGUGUAGCGUGGCUGGGCACUUUAUGUCAGAAUACUGCGACUCAACAAUCUGGCCAAACUGUCUCUGGAACUGGUAUAUCCACAGCAACCAAGACGGAAUGGAGCUUGGUAGCACAUGAGAUCGGUCACGGGUUCGGUGCGAUACACGAUUGUACAUCGGGCUGCUCGCUUUCCGGUUCGUGCUGUCCUUUGUCAAGCUCGAGUUGUGAUGCCGGAGGGUCAUACAUCAUGAACCCGACCACGUCGAGCAGUGAACAGACUUUUUCAGCGUGUACUCUGGGUAAUAUCUGUACGAAUAUCGGAAAUAGAGCUAUAUCCACCAAUUGUAUCACUAGUCCUGGAAGUAGAACCGUCAUCUCAUUGCAGCAAUGUGGAAACGGUAUCGUGGAAGAUGGUGAAGAUUGUGAUCCCGGAAGCAACUCGACUUCAGCAUGUUGUGACGCUUCAACCUGUAAAUUCCGUGAUGGAGCCGUCUGUGAUCCCACCAACGCAGCAUGCUGCACGAGCAGCUGUCAACUGGCAUCUGCAGGAACCGUCUGUCGAUCAAGUGUAGACUCCACAUGUGAUUACGAGGAGACGUGUACGGGAUCUAAUUCGACCUGUCCUGAUGACAAGACCGCACCUGACGGUACGAAAUGUGGAGAUGAUGGAUUAGCCUGUGCUUCCGGUAGAUGUACGAGUUUGAAUCAGCAGUGUAAACUUGCCGGAUCGAGUUUAGGGCUGUCGCAGGCUUGUGGUCAGAAGGAUGAUAAGACCUGUACGGUCAGCUGUAGAGAUCCGAAUGUGACCAAUCAAUGUGUUGUCUUGCAAACUUCCCUGGUGGAUGGGUCACCCUGUGGCUACGGCGGUCAUUGUUAUAACCAGACUUGUAAAGCUGGAUCAUGGCAGGCUACAGCUGCUGCUUGGUACACUCAGAACUUGCAGAUAUCGAUCCCUGUUACAAUCGUUGUAGGAUUACUGGUGCUCGGUCUACUAUGGGCCAUCAUCAAAUGCACUUUGGCAUCAUGUUGCGGCUCGAAACAACGACGACCUCUUAACUCACGUAACAAUGGUACCAGAGGUUCAGCAUAUGUUCCAGCACCUACUGGUCCACCCCCUCCGCCGCCAAAUAUGUCACAACUCCCUCCUCCACCUGCACACACCCUACAGAGACAUUCGGAUUCGAUAACAUCUGGUGAUCCUUUGAUGCGAACUGGAGUAAUCGAUGGAGAUCCAAGUCCAAUUCCGCCACCUCAGGGACAGGGAGGUACGUAUGAUUAUGGUUAUGGUGGAUAUAACAACCCUAAUCCUUAUGGUGAUUCGUACGGACAAGGAUAUGGAUAUCAAAAUGGUGGGAACCCCAAUCACAGGAACUCGGGGAGUGGUUGGGUAGAUGCGAGUAGUUAUAAUGGACCGAAUUAUGGAUAUCGUGAAGCUUAUGGAAGAUGA